AAUGCGUUUAUGAAAUGCGUUAUCAUGGGUGCUGAGAUAAUAAAUUACAUAAAUCGAUGUAAAAUAAGGCAGUCAUUUUCUUCUUUAUUUAAAACAAUACAAAAAUUACGAGUUAUUUAAGUUAAAUUUUAUUUGUUUAGUGAGGAUAUCUCAGCCUCUAUCAGUGACCUCUGGACCACAGAGUAAAGGCUUUUAAACAAGCAAAUGCCUUACAACAUAACUGAAAUAAUGGACACAUGGAUAACGCAAAGGCAUUUUCCCGAGUUGAAAGUCGAUUGUGAUAAUAAUACAGGUUCUAUAAUACUUUCGGUAUAUACUUGCAACGAAACGAGGUGGAAGAUACCCAUAACUUAUGUUAUAAUAUCAAAUCGUACUUUCGUGUAUAAUACACCGAGCAAAAUCUUAUUCGAUUGUUUAAGCAACGUAUAUACAUUUGAAACUGAUAUGUAUGAUUUUAUAAUUGUGAAUGUGGAACAAAUGGGAUAUUAUCGCGUCAAUUACGACUCCAAUAAUUGGGUGAAAAUCUCUACUCACUUAAUCUAUCAUAAUUAUACACAAAUUAAUGUUUUGAAUCGCGCUCAGUUAAUUGAUGAUGCGUAUUAUUUUGUGAUAAAUGGUAAACAUGAUGUUAACACCUUCUUAUAUCUACUUAAAUACCUAAAGAGAGAAAGUCAUUAUGUAGCCUGGUAUUCUAUGUUCAAUAUUUUUACGUAA